AUGGGCGAGUGGGCGCGCGGCUGGCAGUUCUGGGCGGCCCGAGCAAGAGACGACCGAGCCAGGGACGGCAUCAUGCAACGCAUGCAGGCCCCAGAGCGCGACCUGCUGCGCUCCCAGAGCGGCCCGUGCGCCGGCCGGGUGUUCACGGUCCUACCCACGAGCGAGCCCACGCGAGUUCCAUCCGCGGAGUUGCGCGUCCUCCUCCUGCGCCGCCUGCGCCUUGAUUUACCAUUCACGGCAAGCGCGUGCAGGUGCAGAGCGCGACUCGACAGCAGAGGGGACCACAGGGCGGCCUGCCCCACAGCCGGCGUCCUCAAAAAGCGGGGAGCCCCUCUGGAGAAGGCGGCGGCCCGCAUGAGCCGCGAGGCGGGCGCGAGGGUGGCGGAGAACCAGUUCCUGCGGGACCUGAACGUCGACGGCGCCGGCGCGGGCGACGGCAUGCGGCUCCAGGUGAUCGCCAACGGUCUGCCGCUGUGGGGAGGGGCACAGCUGGCCGUGGAUGCCACGCUGGUCUGCCCUCUCGGCCGGGACGGCGCGGCCCACCCGCGCACGGCAGACGAGGACGGGGCGUGGCUCCGCGAAGCCCGCAGGCGCAAGGAGACCACUUACCCGGAGCUCCUGGACGCGAGGCGCUGCCGGCUCGUGGUCAUGGCCCUGGAGGUGGGGGGCCGGUGGUCGCAGGAGGCCCUCCAGUUCGUGCGCCUCUUGGCUGACUGCAAAGCCCGGUCCGCGCCAGAGCUACUGCGCGCCUCGGUGAAGGCAGCCUGGAUCCAGCGGUGGACAGGCCUCGCCUCGGUGGCGGCGCAGCGGGCCUUCGCAGCCUCCCUGCUGCACCUGCCCCUGGACGGCCUCGCCUGCGACGGCGACGAGCCAUGGCUGCAGGACGUCCUGGCGGACGCGCGCCAUACCGAGGCGCCAAUUCCUAGCCGCAUGCCGGCGCGCCCCUGA